AUCAGAACAUUGUCACAAUGAAGUUCAUUUGUGUUUUAAUCUGCAUUGGCACUCUUUGCCAUAAAAUCACUGCCGAAGCGAUCAAUUCGGCAACAGCAAUUCAAAUAGUGUCGCCAGUAAAUCAUACGUUCAAUUUGGAAUUGAACGAAUUUCGAAAAAUUGUUGAAGAUGAGAAUAUGAAGAAUCGUCAGGUUGUGGUUGUUUCAAUCGCCGGCGCAUUUCGUCAAGGAAAGAGCUUUCUGUUGAAUUUCUUCCUUAAGUAUUUGUAUGCUCAGUACAAAACCCACGAUGUCUCCGAUUGGCUUGGAGAGCAAAGCAGAGGGAAUAUGCGCGGAUUCAAGUGGCGUGCAGGACGAAAGCGUGAAACGACUGGCAUUUGGAUGUGGUCAGAGAUUUUCACUCAUGAUUCCGAAAAUGGUGAAAAAAUCGCGAUCAUUUUGCUCGACACUCAGGGCAUAUUCGACGAUAAAAGCACUAUACGUGAUUGUACUACUAUUUUUGCGUUGAGUAUGAUGCUGUCGUCGGUUCAGUGCUACAAUGUAAUGCAAAAUAUCAAAGAAGACGACCUGCAGCACUUGGAAUUAUUCACCGAAUAUGGACGAUUGGCUCUGGAGCAAUCGAACAUUAAACCAUUUCAAAAGCUCUUGUUCAUUGUCAGAGACUGGCCGUAUGCAUUCGAAACGAAUUACGGUUGGCAUGGGCAAAAAGUCAUCGAUGACAUUUUGGCUGGAAAUGAUGAACAAACAAAUGAUAUGAGACAACUCAGAAAACGAAUCGAUUCCAGUUUCGAUGAUAUUAACGCAUUUUUAAUGCCUUUCCCUGGAACAAUUGUAGCACAAAGCAACAACUUUACGGGAGAUUUAAAUCAAAUCCAUCCAGAUUUUGUGAAAUAUGUAAAAGAAUUGACGCCAGCACUGUUCGAUCCGGGAAAAGUAACGAUAAAGAAAAUUAAUGGCCAAAAUGUACGAGUGCGAGACUUGGUGCCGUAUUUGGAAGCGUAUAUCAAGAUCUUCAAUAGCGACAAAUUACCCGAACCAAGAAGUGUUUACAAUGCAACAGCGGAGGCGAGCAGUCUGAUACUGCAGAAUGACUGUGUCAAUCUUUAUGUCGACUCAAUGCAAAAAGCGGUCACUGACAUCGAUCCAUAUUUUAGCGAAACAGAACUCAUGAACGUUCAUCAAAAAUUCAAAAAUCAAGCAAUAGAUCAGUUCCAAAAGAAGCCAAAACUUGGAGACGAUCGUUUCCUAUCAUCAGUUCAACAAAAAAUUGAAAGUGCCAUUGAAGAGCAUUUCCGUUCAUUCAAUCAAACGAAUGAAGGGAAACGCAAACAUUUCAUUGAAAAGGCCAAUUUGCAUAAUGUCAAUCUAAUCACCGGAAUAAAAAAUGGAUUCGAAGAGAAAAUACUGGCUGAAGUGGGCAAGACAAAUUCCGAUUUGAAGCAGUCGACGUUGAACGGUUUAUAUCUACAAUCGAAACAGGCUGCUCUGCAACAGUUCGAGACAAUGAAAAUGGGUGGUAGUGAUAUCUCAGGCGACGUACGUGUAAAACUCGAAUACGAAUUGGAUGACUAUCAUUUGAAAUUGAUGAAAAUGGCAGAGUUGUUCAGUGAAUCUUUGAAUAUUUAUACAAAUUCGAUGCGAGAAUCGAUCGGCAGAGUCAAUCCAUACUUCGAUGAAAGCGGACUGAUUAGAACUCAUCAGGAUGCAAAGCAAAGAGCAGUGGCUAAGUUUUCAGAUAACGCAAAGUCAGCCAACAACGAAUUGGCGUACAACUUUCAAACCCGAAUCGAUAAAUAUGCCGAAGAAAUGUUCGCUCAUUUUAGAAACGAAAAUGAAGACAAACGGAAAAAGUUCGUUGAAAAAGCCAAUUCACACAACGAGAACUUGAUCAGAGAAAUUAAAGUGAAUUUCGAGAAUAAGAUGCUUAAGGAAAUCAGUAGAUCAUAUUUGAAUGAUAAUGCAUUUUAUAGUCAAUUCAUGACAUCAAAGAAUGCUGCUUUAGGAGAGUUUGGCAAUAGAAAAAUUGGUGGCGGCGAAAUUUCAAAUGUUUUUCGUGAGAGACUUGAGCGGGAUGUAGAUAGCUUACAGGGCACGUUGAAACAAGCAAACGAAAGGAACAAACCAACAGAACGACCGGUGCAACACGAAGAACGGGGAGGUUUCUCAGAUGUCGAAAAAAUUAUUGGUGGAAUUGUAGCUAUUGGAACUUUGGCGGGCCUUUUCGGUUAAAUUUACAUAAUAACAAUCUGAAAUAUGAUCAAUUCAACCAUGAAGCUGUUAUUCUUACGCUAUUUUUAUUCACUAAUUGGAAAAAAAAUAGAAUUUCGAAUAAAAAUAAAAAGUUUGAA